AAAAAAAAGAAAAAAAAAAGGAAAAAGAAAAAUUACAGAAGGUUUCCUCCUUCGGACCAAGAACAACACAACACGAGCGAGAGAAAUACAAAGAUUUAGCAAAAGAAAUAUAUAAGGAAAGAUAAAAAACGGAGAGAAAAAAAAAUAAAGAUUUAUCUUUCAGCUGUUUUUUUUCCCUUUCUUCUCUAUCGAUCUGAGUUUUGCGAAAUUCUCUGUACGAAUUCUCAGCUCUCAAGGCUUUUCUCGUCGAUCUAUCAUUUCAGCUCGUUAAUUUUCCUGGGUUUUGAAUUGGAGCAAAGGUUGAGAAAGUGGAAGCGAAUUUCGCAGUAUGAGCAUCGAUAGCCCCGGGCGAGGGGAGAACUAGGGUUUCGAGUAAUUUGGUUGCAGAAGGGAUUUCCAUGGGUGAUGGAGGUGUCGCAUGCAUGCCUUUGCAGCAUAAUAGUAUCAUGGAGAGAUUUCCAAUUCAAGAAAAUACGACAACCCUUUGCAGUGGGGGCAAACCUGGCAACACCACCACCGCCGCCACUACGACCGGUACCAGCAACAACAACAGCAACAACAACAACAGCAAUGGCAACAGUACCGCCAAUGGCUUCAACUCAAAGCCCAAGAAAGUUUUGAAGAAGGUAAUUAAGGUCAAAAAGAUUGUUACAGUGAAGAAAACAGUGGCAGAGAAGAGUGAAUUGGGAUCAGAGAAAGCAGUAAAGUUUAGCAAGGAGAAGGAAGCAAAUAUUAGCAAGGAGAAGGAAGCAAAGAUAAGCAAAGAGGUGGUGGCAAAGAGUAGCAAGGAAUAUGAGGCAAAGAUUAGCAAGGAAGCUGACAAUGGUUCGAGUUCUGUUGAUAACAAGGUGCAGAUUACUAAAGAGGAGGUUGAAGAGGGUGAAUUGGGAACUUUAAAAUGGCCACCGAAAGCAGAAGUUGAGAACGGAGAGUUUGUUCCACCAGAGAAGGCGAGGAGAAAUGAAAUUGAGAAGGGAGAGAUUGUUGGUGAGAAAUGGAGGAAAGGGGAUAUGGAGAAGGGUGAGGCUGUUUUGGGUUCGGGCAGAUGGCGAAAAGGGGAAUUUGGCAGAGAUGAGAUUGAGAAAGGAGAGUUCAUUCCAGACAGAUGGCAUAAUAAAGACGAUUACAGUUACAAUAAAUACCGUGGCAGGUACGACACCAGCAGAGAGCGUACUCCACCACCUUCUGGAAAGUAUUCCAGUGAAGACAUUUACAGAAGGAAAGAGUUCAGCAGGAGUGGGAGUAUUCAGCAUGGUAAAAGUUCUUCUAGGUGGGAGGGGGGCCUGGAAAGGAAUAUAAGAAUCAGUUCAAAGAUUGUGGAUGAAGAAGGCUCAUAUAAGAGUGAAUACAGCAAUGGCAAGAAUCAUGGAAGAGAGUACACUUCUGGUAACAGGUUGAAGCGAUACUGCACUGAGUCAGAAAACAAUGAGCGCAAACAUUAUGGGGAUUAUGGGGACUAUGCAAGCUCCAAAAGCAGGAAACUUUCUGAGGAUAGUGCUCGCACUGCUCACUCAGAUCACUAUUCACGCCACUCUUUGGAUAGGUUCUAUAGAAACUCUUCCUCCUCUUCUUCUUCGAGAAUAUCUUCAUUGGACAGAAAUUCCUCCAGGCAUCAUGAACCCACUUUGUCUUCCAAAGUAGUUUAUGAUAGGCAUGGACGCAGUCCAGGUUUUUCUGAGCGGUCCCCACGUGACCGAGUCAGGUACUAUGAUCACAGGGAUCGGAGUCCAGUGCGACGCGAAAGAUCUCCGUAUGCUCGAGAAAGAUCCUUAUCGCCGUGAGAGAUCCCUUAUGGACGUGAGAAAUCCCCGUAUGGACGUGAGAGGUCUCCAUAUGGACGUGAUAAAUCCCCAUAUGAUAGGAGCCGUCAUCAUGAUUAUAGGAGAAGCCCUACUCAUUCAGAGAGGUCCUCACAGGACCGGUUUCAUGAUCGCAGGGAUCGAACCCCAAACUUUCUGGAGCGUUCCCCACUUGAUCGGAAUAGAUCCAGUAAUUACAGGGAAGCAAUCCGUAAAGGUGGGUCAAGUGAGAAGCGGAACUCUCAGUUUGGUAAUAAAGGUCAUGAUGAUAAGCUCAGCCAGAAGGACUCUGGGGGAAGAGAUUCACAAUUCUUGGCUAAAGAAUCUCAAGAUAAGAAUGGAGUGCAUGAUGCCAAUGGAUUGGAAGAAAAAAAUGUCACUUCUGCGUCUCACAAAGAAGAGCAGUCCCAGAGUCCGAGCAUGAAUAACAAAGAAUCUCCUCGUGUUGAUGGACCUCCUCCUGAAGAGCUACUAUCUAUGGAAGAAGAUAUGGAUAUAUGUGACACACCACCUCAUGUCCCUGUUGUGGCUGAUUCCUCCACGGGAAAAUGGUUUUACCUUGACUACUUUGGCCUGGAAUGUGGGCCUUCAAAAUUAUGCGACCUUAAGACGCUUGUGGACGAGGGAGUUCUUGUGUCGGAUCACUUGAUCAAGCACAUGGAUAGCAACAGGUGGGUAACCAUUGAAAAUGCAGUUUCACCAUUGGUGACUGCAAAUUUCCUAUCUAUUACGUCAGACACUAUAACCCAGCUAGUGAGUCCGGAGGCACCUGGUAAUCUACUGUCAGAUACAGGAGAUAUAGGGCAAUCUGGUAUUCAGAAUGGUGACGAAGUGCUGAUGACUUUGCCACAAUCCCUGGUCUGUGAUAGUGACAGUUCAGGUGUACCUGAACCUUUGGAAGAUCUCAACAUUGAUGAAAGGGUUGGAGCUCUGUUGGGGGGUGUUACUGUUGUUCCUGGCAGAGAACUAGAGACUAUUGGAGAAGUUUUGCAAAUGACAUUUGAGCAUGCAACAUGGGAGAGAUGGGAAAAAUUAGAAGGUUUCACUUGGAAUCAGGCUUAUGUAUCAGACCAACAUGGUGAAAAUGAUGAAUUAUCUGGGCACUCUGACAUGAAAGCUAAGGAUGCUGUUGAAGUGAGAUCAAGUGCAAUCUCUGAAAAAGACCAAGGCUCUGCCUGUUUUAUUGACUCCGCUGAUUGGUUUUCUGGCCGAUGGUCAUGUAAGGGUGGAGACUGGAAGAGGAAUGAUGACACUGUACAGGAUAGAUUUUCUAGAAGGAAACAUGUUCUCAAUGAUGGCUUUCCAUUGUGCCAAAUGCCAAAAUCAGGGUCUGAGGACCCACGGUGGCAUAGAAAAGAUGAUCUGUAUUAUCCUUCUCAAAGCAGAAGACUUGACCUGCCUCCUUGGGCUUUCUCCUGCCCAGAUGAGAGGAAUGAAUGUGGUGGUGUCAGCAGACUAGCUGUUGCUAAGCCUCCCAUUCCUAUUGUUAGGGGGGUGAAAGGAACUAUGCUACCAGUGGUCAGGAUAAAUGCAUGUGUUGUCAAGGACCAUGGUUCAUUUGUUUCAGAACCUCGCACAAAAGCUCGAGGGAAGGACAGGUAUCCUUCGAGGUCUGCUCGGGCAUACUUAGCUGCUAAUAAUGGGAAGAAAUUGAUAACAGAAGGCGAUUCUCAUUCCAAAACUGAUCAAGACUCUCAUGGUUCUUGGAAAUCAAUUUCAUCCAUUAACAUUCCUAAAGAUCGUCUUCGCACUGUGGAUGACUUACAGUUACAUUUGGGUGAGUGGUACUACUUUGAUGGUUCUGGGCAUGAGCGGCCAUCUUCAUUUUUAGAGCUUCAGGUCUUGGCAGAUCAUGGCGCUAUACAAAAAUAUAGCAGUGCUUUCAGGAAAUAUGAUAGAGUGUGGGUUCCAAUUACCCCUGCCACAGAAACGUCUGAAUCCACUGUUAAAAUUCAAAAAGAGAAUGUUGCAGUAUGUUGUGAUUCUUCAUCAACUCUUUCAAAAUUGCAUAGUGCUGCCGAUAAUGAAAGCAACUCAAAUUCCAUUUCAUUUCAUAGCCUGCAUCCACAAUUCAUUGGUUAUACCCGUGGGAAGCUACAUGAAUUGGUAAUGAAAUCUUAUAAGAGCCGGGAGUUCGCUGCUGCCAUAAAUGAUGUUUUGGAUCCAUGGAUCAAUGCUAAACAGCCUAAGAAGGAGAUUGAUAACCACAUAUAUCGAAAAUCAGAAAUUGACGCACGUGCUGGCAAAAGAGCUCGGUUGCAGCUUGAUGGAAGUGAUGAUGACUAUGAAAUGGAUGAAGACUUGCAAACCAUUCAAAAGGAUGAUACCACUUUUGAAGAAUUGUGUGGUGAUCUUACUUUCAGCAGAGAAAGUAUUGCAUCCUCAGAGACUGAGUUGGGAAGCUGGGGUUUAUUGGAUGGUCAUAUACUGGCACGAGUCUUUCAUUUUCUGAGAUCUGACAUGAAAUCCCUUGUCUUUGCUUCUUUUACUUGUAAGCACUGGAGGGCUGCUGCCAGCUUUUACAAGGAUAUCUCAAGACAAGUUGAUCUCUCACAUUUAGGUCCUAACUGCACUGACUCGAUCAUUUGGAACAUUAUGAGUGGUUAUAACAAAGAGAGGAUAAAUUCAAUGGUGCUGUUGGGUUGCACAAAUAUUACUUCAGGCUUGCUUGAAGAUAUUCUUCGCUCUUUCCCUUUUUUAUCUUCUGUAGAUAUUAGAGGUUGCAGCCAAUUCAAGGAGUUGCCUCUUAAAUUUCCUGAUGUGAGCUGGAUCAGGACUCGUAGUUCACGUGGUAUUGAGAUCUCUGAGGAUUCAUAUUCUAAAAUAAGGAGUCUUAAACAGAUCAGCGAAAAAACUCCUACAUUUUGUAGAACAAAGGAUCUGGGUAGUGAUGCAGACGAUUUUGGUGAACUAAAAGAGUAUUUUAACAGUGUGAAUAAGAGGGAUCCAGCAAAUCAAUUAUUCCGACGGAGUCUGUAUAAACGAUCAAAGUUGUUUGAUGCUAGAAGAUCAUCAUCAAUUCUAUCUAGAGAUGCCCGUAUCAGGCGAUGGGCCAUCAAAAAAUCUGAAAGUGGCUAUAGGAGGAUGGAGGGAUUUCUUGCUUCAGGUUUGAAGGACAUCAUGAAGGAGAAUACCUUCGAUUUUUUUGUGCCCAAGGUAGCAAAAAUUGAAGAUAGGAUGAAAAAUGGUUAUUAUAUCAGUCAUGGUUUAAGGUCUGUCAAGGAGGAUAUCAGUCGAAUGUGCAGAGAUGCAAUUAAAGCAAAGAAUCGGGGUGCUGGAGACAUGAAUCACAUCAUUACAUUAUUUCUCAAACUUGCCUCACAUUUGGAGGAUAGUUCUAAGUUUUCUUAUGAAAGAGAUGAACUAAUGAAGUUGUGGAAAGAUGAUUUGUCUUCAGGGUUUGGUUAUACUCCCAUGAAAUAUAAGAAGAAGUUAAACAGAAAGAAGAACACUAAUAGGAGUAAUGGCAUUGCUUAUGCAAAUGGCAGUUAUUAUGGAGAAUAUGCAUCUGCGGAAAUCAGAAGGCGGUUAUCAAAAUUGAACAAAAAAUCCAUGGAUUCAGGAAGCGAAACUUCUGAUGAAUUUGACAAGUCCUCUGAAGAUGGGUGGAGUGAUAGUGAAAGUACUGCCUCAUACACAGAAAGUGACUUGGAUUUCCGAUCAGAAGCUCGAAGUGUGGAGUCCACAGGGGAUGGAUUCUUUAUGGUGGAUGAGGGUUUAGAUUCCAUAUCAGAUGAUCGUGAAUGGGGUGCUCGCAUGACAAAAGCAAGUCUGGUUCCUCCUGUCACUAGGAAAUAUGAAGUUAUAGAUCAGUAUGUUAUUGUAGCAGAUGAAGAGGAUGUUCAAAGGAAGAUGUGUGUUUCUUUGCCUGAUGAUUUUGCCGAGAAGCUUGAUGCACAGAAAAAUGGCACUGAGGAAUUGGAUAUGGAGCUUCCUGAAGUCAAGGACUAUAAACCUAGAAAAAGGCUUGGAGAUGAAGUUAUAGAACAAGAAGUUUAUGGGAUUGAUCCUUAUACCCAUAAUCUUUUACUUGAUUCGAUGCCUGAGGAAUUAGAUUGGUCUUUGUUGGAAAAGCAUUUGUUUAUUGAAGAUAUACUCCUUCAAACUCUGAAUAAGCAAGUCAGAAACUUUACUGGCUCUGGGAACACUCCAAUGAUGUAUCCUUUGCAACCUGUUGUAGAAGAAAUUGAAAAAACUGCUGAGGAGGACUGUGAUGUGCGAACAAUGAAAAUGUGUCGGGGCAUCCUUAAGGCCAUAGAUGGUCGUCCUGAUGACAAUUAUGUUACUUACAGGAAGGGUCUUGGUGUUGUUUGCAAUAAAGAAGGUGGUUUUGGAGAAGAUGAUUUUGUUGUGGAAUUCUUGGGAGAGGUUUAUCCUGCUUGGAAAUGGUUUGAGAAGCAAGAUGGCAUCCGAUCUUUACAAAAAGAUAAUAAAGAUCCUGCUCCAGAAUUUUACAACAUUUAUCUCGAGAGGCCAAAGGGUGAUGCUGAUGGUUAUGAUUUGGUGGUUGUCGAUGCCAUGCAUAAGGCAAACUAUGCCACAAUUUGUCACUCUUGCAGACCUAACUGUGAAGAAGUGAUUACUGCUGUAGAUGGUCAAUACCAGAUUGGAAUCUACACUCUACGGGAAAUUCAAUAUGGCGAGGAGAUCACAUUUGAUUACAAUUCUGUGACAGAGAGUAAGGAAGAAUAUGAAGCAUCUGUUUGUUUGUGUGGUAGCCAAGUUUGUCGGGGCAGCUACUUAAAUCUGACAGGUGAAGGGGCUUUCCAGAAGGUACUGAAGGAGUGGCAUGCCAUGCUGGAUCGACAUCAUUUGAUGCUUCAAGCUUGUGAACUAAAUUCAGUAUCUGAAGAAGAUUAUCUUGACUUGGGGAGGGCUGGUUUAGGCAGUUGUUUGCUUGGUGGUUUGCCAGAUUGGGUGGUUGCAUAUUCUGCUCGUCUGGUGAGGUUCAUAAAUCUGGAGAGAACGAAGCUUCCUGAGGAAAUUCUAAGGCACAAUUUGGAAGAAAAAAGGAAAUAUUUCUCAGAUAUUUGUCUUGAGGUUGAAAGAAGUGAUGCCGAGGUUCAGGCUGAAGGUGUUUAGAACCAGAGGCUUCAAAAUUUAGCAGUAACUCUUGACAAGGUGAGGUAUGUGAUGAGAUGUGUAUUUGGUGACCCAAAAAAAGCUCCACCUCCAUUGGAGAGGCUAAGUCCUGAGGAAACUGUUUCUUUCCUCUGGAAAGGGGAGGGAUCACUUGUUGAGGAGCUUCUUCAGUGCAUGGCACCUCAUGUGGAUGCCAGCAUACUUAAUGAUCUCAAGUCCAAGAUUCAUGCACGUGAUUUAUCAGAAUGUGAUAACAUUCGGAAAGAACUUCAGAAGUCAUUGUUGUGGUGAGUUGAGGAUGAAGUCCGGAAUAUUCCAUGUACAUACAAGUGCCGGAAUGAUGCUGCAGCUGACUUGAUCCAUAUUUAUGCUUACACAAGAAGCUUCUUUAGAGUUCAGGAGUACAAAACAUAUACUUCUCCACCAGUUCACAUUAGUCCGCUUGACUUGGGUCCGAAGUAUGCUGAUAAGUUGGGAGCAGGUAUCCAUGAAUAUCGAAAGACAUAUGGUGAAAAUUAUUGUUUGGGACAGUUGAUCUAUUGGCAUAUACAGACUAAUGCUGAACCAGAUUGUAGCCUGGCUAAGGCAAGUAGGGGCUGCUUGUCUUUACCUGACAUUGGUUCCUUCUAUGCCAAGGUUCAGAAGCCAUCACAGCAACGCAUUUAUGGUCCAAAGACUCUGAAGCUUUUGCUGGAAAGGAUGGAAAAGUACCCUCAGAAGGCUUGGCCUAAAGACCAGAUAUGGUCAUUCAAGAGUUCUCCAAAAGUUAUUGGCAGCCCAAUGCUAGAUUCUGUAUUGAACAAUUCUCUUCUAGACAGGGAGAUGGUCCAUUGGUUGAAGCAUAGACCUAGCGUAUACCAGGCCGCAUGGGAUAGGUGAAGCAUUUGUCAUUUGAGAAGAGCUGCAAUAGGAUUAUUAGGCAACACCACAUUGUGUACUUGUUUUGGAAUGAUUUCUCAAUUUUAAUUCACAGCUGCCCCUUUUUGUGUGGGAGUUGGUAAUCAUUCCAAAACAUCCAUUCCUUUGUGCUUCAAUCCACAUUCUUGUGUACAGUGUUGUUUUUCUUUCUUCUUUUGUAAUUUGUAAUUCAUUACAUGGUAGUAAAGCAUUUUUUUCUCCCCUCCUUUAAGUGGAAAAAAUGAAAAGAAGCAAAGUGCUGUAA